GUGUAUUUUACUGGAAGGGCCAGAAGAUUAUGAGCGUCUUUUUUUUUGUUGCUUAAGAAUCCGUUAUAUUAUGAAGUUGGGUUGUGAAAUGAAAACGUAGUGGUUUUAGAAAUAGGGCUGGUUUGUUGAUUAGACAGUAGCCCCCUUGAUAAAAAACAACAACAUUUUGUUUGACCUGUUUUUGGUUAGGUUUAGUAAGCCCUACAAUAUUGAUUUUCUUUUGUAUAUUUGUUUUAUUGUUUUGAACAAACAGCGAGGCAUGUUCCACCGAUAGGCUGUCUCAUCUCGCUGAAAAAAGCAGACAGACGCCGGACGCUCCGGAGUCUACGGCUUUGUCAAAGACAGAAGUCCAGAGACUUAAGAUGUUUGAGACUGGUAGAAUCCCUCUCGUCCUUCUCGACGUAACCUGCUUUAUCCUCGUUGGGCUUCCCUUUGUGAUCCUCACCCCUCAGCACAAUCCCUUCAACAGGGGUUUCUUCUGUAAUGAUGAGUCCAUCAGAUACCCCCUGAAAGAGGACACCAUAUCCUACCAGUUACUGGGGGGAGUCAUGAUCCCUUUCACACUGAUUGUGGUAGUCAGUGGUGAGUGCCUUGGCGUCUAUAUGACUCAUAUAAAGACCAAAUCAUCCUUGGGGACUAACUACGUGGCGCGCAUCUACAAAGCAGUGGGCAGCUUCCUGUUCGGGGCUGCUGCUAGCCAAUCACUGACGGACAUUGCCAAGUACUCGAUUGGUCGUCUGCGUCCCCACUUCCUGGCUGUGUGUAAGCCUAUGUGGGACCGUAUCAACUGCAUUGCUGGAGGCUACGUCGAGAACUUCACCUGUACCGGGGACAAAAACAUGGUGGAUGAGGCCAGACUUUCCUUUUUUUCUGGUCACUCAUCCUUCUCUAUGUACUGUAUGCUGUUCCUAGCACUGUACGUCCAGGCCAGACUGCAGACAGAGUGGGCCAGGCUCCUCAGACCCACCAUCCAGUUCUUCCUGAUCGCAACGUCCAUCUACGUGGGGCUGUCACGCGUCUCAGACUACAAACACCACUGGAAUGACGUACUUACUGGCCUCCUGCUGGGGGCGAUAGUUGCAAUACUCACGGUGUUCUGUGUGUCCGAUUUCUUCAAGACGCCUGUUGAUCCAGUAGAGAUACAAGCGGAGACGUCCCACCCCAGUCUACAGGACAACCCUGUAAAUGGGAUCCACUACGGAAGCACAGAAUGAAGCUCUGACUACAACAUGGACAAUGCAUUGAGGACAAGUAGCAUGUUAAGCUAGCUACAACUACUUGCCAUCCGCUACAGAGGACUAUGGUUAUUUAUUUCCAUGCAUUUCAGGUCAUUGGCAUUGACUGUCGUGGAAAUAUCAUGUUGCCUGAGCCCUGUAGACAGAUGUUAAGUCCUCUCAGAGCCAAUGAUCUUGCCUAUGUUUGUUGAGCUAACGGUCCGUGUAUUCAAUUCCUGGUCUUUGUGUGCAAUUGCGGUGCGAUGUCUGCGCUUGUUGGAACGGUUGUGAUUGCAUUGGUUUGAGGAUUGUGUUUGAAAUGAAUGAAAUUGAAGUUUGUUACAGUGAGUAAUGAGUGUCCAUGUGUGUAGCCUGACCAAUAAUAAGUCUUACACCUGUGAAUGAAAUACCACGACUGUCCCAAAGCUUAAAUGAAAGUCAGGAGACUUACUGAGCUCUGAAAUGAUGUACUAUGUACUGUAUAUAUUUUUUUAAUACUGCCUUCGCCAGAUUGUUGCUGACACUUGCUCAAAGCUCCCUGGAAACUCCUUACAAAUGUGUCCAAGUGUAGAAAUCAUGGUGACAAAUACACAAAUUAACUUUUUGCCAUUUGUAUGCAGAUGUACUAUUGUAAAAACAGUGUUUUGAGCUUUUCGGAAAACAAAAUGCUAGCUAUGUGACAAAUAAAGAUGGAAUUCCA